UGUCUUUUUCUCGCGUGAAAAACACGCGUUUCGUUGCAGGAUGGAUUUCGCCAAAAAUAUCCUGCAAAAAUACGGCUGGAAGGAAGGAGAUGGGUUGGGGAAGAAUACGGACGGAAUCGUGGCACCGAUCAAAGCCAGCCUCAAGUUCAACACGGCUGGUCUAGGGCAGGAUCCGGCCAAGGAUCUCACCAACAACUGGUGGGAACGGGUGUACAAUGAUGCCGCAGGGAAUAUUGCGGUAGAGAAUGGAGGUGUGUCCGCAGGUGUACAGCAAGAACCGGUACGGUUAAGGCAGGUGGAGACGGAUGCAGUAGAAAUUUCAACUGCCGGCUUCUCUGUCCGAAAACUGAAGAAAAAGAGUGCGCAGGCUGGCGACGGUCAAUCGCGGUAUGGCACCAGCUUUUUACGAGCUUCCGUACUGAUGGGAGGCACGGGCAAGGAGGAAACGGUUGCAAAUCACACCAGCACGGAGGACAUUGAGUACGCGCCGGUUAAAAUGUUAACCGACGAAGAAUUGUUCGCCGCCUGUGGUGGCAGAACGGCCCACAAGGGUGCACGUCAUGGGUUGAAGCUGAGCGGAAAACUGGCACGGAUAGACGAGCAGAACAGCAAGCUGCUCAAGGAGUUGGAAAGCAAUUCUUUUGAAUCUGUGAUCAAAGCGAACGACUGGCAGGUGCAACUGUCGCGGAACGGACGCAAAAAGUCUAAAAAACAGAAGCGAAAUGAACAGCGAUGGAUUGAGCAUGGCGGCGGUGCUAAGGGAGCAAUGGAGCAUAAUAAUGAUGAUGAUGAUGAGGUGAAGGAUAUGGUGCAUCAUGCGGAUUAUGUGGUAGCUAAAAACCGGAAAAAACGGAAAGCACAUGAGCGCACGGAACAGGAGCUAGCCGAUGAAAUGGUUUCCAUGUUCGCCGAACUACCCGAGGAAAAUGGAUUGGAGGAAGAGGAGGCAGCAGCUCCACCGAAAUCAGAGUCCAAAAAGAAAUCGAAACAAUCUCAACGCAAACAACCGUGCGCUGAUGGAGAGAUCGAUCUGCUGAGUGACAAAAUCCGGCAGCUAGACCAUAGCUCGGUUACGAUUAAAAAACGUGAACGCAAGAAGAAAGCAAAACGGAAAACAGCAACUUGUGAACAGCAGGAUGACGGAGACAUAGCAAUUGGGUCACCGGAUCCGGCGGCAAAAUAUCGGAAGGACUAUCGGCGCGAUGCCAAGCAAACAAAUCGUUUGCUGAAAGCGGUAGUGCCACAUGAAGUGCCGGAAACUCCUGCAAAGACCAGCAAACCGAAACGCUUACUGCACUCUGACUCCAGCGAUGGAUCAGACGAGGAGGAUGUAGUGAGUCGCGUGAAUGAGGAACAGAAUCGGUAUUGGAAAAAGAUGCGUGCCAACGUACCGAAGAUAAAGAUUAUCGAACCAACGGAAGAUGAUUGUCUAGCACUUGGCCAGGAACUGAAGGAGCGCCACAAGAACGAAGUGAAACGGGUCGCGAAUCGCUCGUCAAGCGGCAAACGGAAGAAGUCGAAGCGUAGGGAGCGCUGUGUGGCGCAGCUGGCCGACAGCCUAUCGAAAAAGCUGUAAAAUACUAUGGAAAGCAAUAUUGUCUAGCAUACACCAAUUUGGAGCAUUUUUCUACGUUCUUUAGGCGAAGUUUAAUCGUAGGGGGGAAGCGCUGCACGAUGAUUCAGUUCAGUGCAGUGUAAUGAGCCGUUGAAACCGUUUAUCGUUGGCGGUUGUGGAAAAUCAAUAAUGUUUUGGAAUAAACCAUGAAUUAUA